CCCCCGCGCGGCUCCUCCGCGCUGCGGGUCCGGCGUUCAGGGGCGCAGCGAUGCCGGCGGCGCGCGCGGGGCCGCGCCGGGCCGCUCUGCGGCCGCAGCACCGCGGAGCCCCGUCCGCCCUGAGCCGCCCUCUGCUCGGCACCUUCUCCGCCUCCGCCUCCUCCUCCUUCUCCUCCUCCCACGGAGCCACCCUCCUCCUCCGCCCCCUCUCCCUGCCAGCCUCCACCCCGCCCGUCCCCGCUCUCCACGCUGGAGCCGCGCGUCACUCGGGCUGCAGCCCCGCCGCAGACAUGGCGACAGUGACGGCGGUGCAGCCGCUCACGCUGGACAGAGAUGUUGCAAGAGCAAUUGAGUUACUGGAGAAACUGCAAGAAUCCGGAGAAGUACCAGUACACAAGCUACAGUCCCUAAAGAAGGUGCUGCAGAGUGAGUUUUGUACAGCUAUCAGAGAGGUGUAUCAAUACAUGCAUGAAACCAUAACUGUUAAUGGCUGCCCCGAAUUCCGAGCCAGGGCCACUGCAAAGGCAACAGUUGCUGCUUUUGCUGCAAGCGAAGGCCAUUCACACCCGCGAGUGGUGGAGCUGCCAAAGACCGAUGAAGGCCUGGGCUUUAAUGUCAUGGGAGGAAAGGAGCAAAAUUCACCUAUUUAUAUUUCUCGCAUCAUUCCUGGAGGAGUGGCAGAAAGGCAUGGAGGGCUCAAACGGGGGGACCAGCUGCUUUCAGUUAAUGGAGUGAGCGUGGAAGGAGAGCACCAUGAGAAGGCGGUGGAGCUACUGAAGGCGGCUAAGGACAGCGUCAAGCUGGUGGUACGCUACACUCCCAAGGUGCUGGAGGAGAUGGAGGCUCGCUUCGAAAAACUAAGAACAGCUCGGCGCCGGCAACAGCAGCAAUUGCUCAUUCAGCAGCAGCAACAGCAGCAAACUACACAGCAAAACCAUAUGUCGUAGGUUAUUCUCAAGAAAAAAAAAGCCUCGAUCAAGAGUUCAGUAAUCAAGCAACCAGAGCUGUACUUCAGUAUUCCAGCAAAAGGAAACAACUACAGGAACAUGAAACAGAAUUCAUCUGGAGAAUGUGCAGUACAAGGAUAAUGUAGUUAAGCCAGCUGUAGGGAAGGUACCUUCAUGAUAAGGCUUUCCAGCAUAUGGUAGUCACAGACACAUAGUAAUUCUGUGACUCUGUUCUUAAUGAGAGCAGUAUGAUAAGUAAACCCUACAAAGCAGAGAAGUUCAGAGCUUCCAAAUAAUUGUGUUUGAUCUAAUCUUGCACUCCUUACUCUGACAAAUUGGCCAGCUGGCUUUCUCUAGUCACUGAAAGUUUAGUUUUUAAGGAGAUCAAGAUUGGCUGCUUUUGGGGCCGGAAUCUUUCUCUACAAUUCUCUCCAGAAAUGAACAGCUACAUCAGUUCAAAAUUUUGCCACAGACAUCAAACUCAUACAUUACACUUCAUAACCACUUUGUACUAUAGAGCUGUUUUAACCUAACUUCCUAUUUAUAAUUUUCAAUUUUCCCUCUGGAAAUAGCAAUUUACUAUAUUUAUAAAGUAUUCCGUUUGUAGAAGCAAUUGGCUUUUUACUCUUGGUGUUUCCAUAUAUUUUAUUAUACAUCAACAGAGUGAGAAAGUUUUAGGUCAAUUUUAAUUUUAUUAGUAGUAAAGUUAGGGAAUCCUAGAACUGUAUUUUUAAACGUAGGUAUUGCUUGUAUCUAUUAUAGUUACUAUUGAGAAAUCUAUAACUGGAUAUAUUAUAUAUUUAUUCCAUAAAAUAUAUAUUGUCUGAAUGUACCUGUUAGAGAAGUAGGGUCUUUGCUUAGCAUGUAUUGCAAAUGUAGUAAGCUAAUGUUAGCAAAAGACCAAGCUUUGUUUGGCAGAUAUUACUGUGAUAGCAUAAUCUCAGCUUUUUCUGUAUUCUUUAAUUUAUUUCCAGUCUAAUGUUAAUAUAUUUUAGAGAGGAGGAAAUAUAAGGUGUUCUUUUUUUCUUUUAAGACUUGCACAUUAUCAUUUAAAUCAACUUGAAGUUGGAGUUCUGACUUCUUUUUUUUUCAAUCAAACCAAAUUGGAAUGUGCAAACAAAAUUUAUAAGUAAGUUUGUAAGUUUACGUGUCUGCUUUUCCAAAGAAACUAGUCAAAGCUGGAAGGCUAUAAAUGUCAUCUACUUCGAAGAAAAUAAGAAAAUUGAGGCCCCAAAUUCUAAAAAGUAAUAAUUUUCAGCAUGCUUUCUAUGCUUCAUCAGAAAUGACUGGGUGAGAAAAGGAGCUUAGGAAAGAACCUUACAGUCCCCGCAUGUUGAAAAUUCCAUCUGAUGUCAGUGGAAGUUUAGUAAUGUGAAGGAAUGUAGAAAUGGUCUGAACCAGUGUUUUGGUUGUUAACUUGGGACAAAGUCAGAAGCAAUUAGCAUUUUGAAGGAUCUAUUCUCAAACACAGAGAGGCAAAACAAAAUAGGGGAAAUUGGCAAUAUCAUAGCAUACGUUAGAAACCAGAUGCAGGCUAGCCGACAGUCUUGACAGUGUUUGAUAAAUGUAAGUAGCCAUUGAAAGGAAAUCACUGUAUUUUUAAAACCAAACAGCAUGAAUUCAUUCAGAGAAGCCUCAUUUUAUACAGAGAAGUAAUUCUAUCCAAUGGUCGUUGGUAAUAAUAUCAAUUAAGACAGUGAAGAUUGAGAACUACCAGAACUAAAGAUUAUAUAUAUUGUAUUGUGCUCUGCACGGUGUCUUUUUAUACUUAAUAAAGUUGUAUGUACCUAUUUUAAAACUGUAUUCUCAAAUAGACACUGCUAUUAAUAUUGACGGUAUAUAAAUUGUAAUUAUGAUUGCGUAUAACUGUUCUGUAUCUCAUCACUAUGGUUUGAAUUACACUGGUAUCUGCAUUUUCAGAGACUGGGUACUCAGAUUUAGUCAGCCCACUGUACUGCAUUUUUCCAAACUGCCUCUCCACCUCCUCCCCUCCUCUUCCUCCAAAAAUUUAGUUUUGAUGGAGCGGAAUGUGCUGAUUAAUAACUUUCAAUAAUAGAAUGUCAUUCAUAGAGAGAAGCAUAUAAAUUCAUUUUCAUAUAUUAUUAUUCAAUAAACACUAAAAUUAACAUUCUAGUCUUUGCCAACAUUUAACAAUAAGAUGAAAGAAGAAUGUAAGUAAAAUACAGCUGUCAGUGAAUUUGAAGUGGAAGCAGAAAGAAACAACUUUUUAAGAAUCAUCUUUCAUGCCCCUUACUGAUCAAUAAAACAUGUCUUGUUGAUCACAGAUUAAUCUGCGUCCCUAAACCUAUCAUCUGCAUUUACUUGUAGACAGUCUUUUCAUUUGUGAUUUAAAUGCCUUUGGUCUUGAUGCAGUAAGACGCUUCCACACAUGCAUUGCUGCACUGGGACAUAAAAGAAGUACAGUGAGAAAAAUACUUGCCACACACAGAUCUGCAGUUACUUGUGCAUCUUAUUUUAAUUGAUUGGUCUCCUGGCAUUUCCUUUUUUGCUACAGUGAAUUGAUACUUCUUCAGUCAACUUAGUCAGUUUUAUUGCUCGCAUUUACCCUUGGUGCUCCUCGUGUUUCUUGGCACCAUCAGCAAACUGACGUAGAAGAUCCAAAAAUUCUUUUCUGUCUCUUUAUUACAAUAACCAAAGUGGUGCGGUGUGGUUUUUACAGGCACUUGCAUCUUGUUCGAUUACGUCAAAGAUCCAGAUGUAAGAUCUAGUAAUAGAGGCUCAGGGUUGGUGGCAUUUACUUACUGAAGUUGGUGGAUCUGCUGUGCCAGCCAUAGUUUUUCUGUUUGCGACAUCUGAUCUGAUUGGAAUUUUAUAGUAGAGUGAAAGAUUUCAUAGCCCUUGAUAAAGCAAAAAGUUCACAGGUUGCAUUUUCCUCUUUUCUUUCUCCAGUGACAAAUCAUAGAUGAAAGGUCAAUGAAUGUCCAUGAGUGGAAGAAAUUGCAUAAAAAUCUACCUGCCGUUCCCUGUGAAUAAUACUGCAGACCUCUUAGUUCCAUACAUCUUAACUUCUAUAUUUAUUUAUCACAGGCAAGCUUCCAGUCUACUUGGGAACCUCUGGGAAAUGUUGCAAAAGGCUCAAAAUUACAUGCCACAUUUGCAGGAGGAGAAACUGUUUAUUCAUCUAAUAAUUGUAGGGAUUUUAGAGUUUAAAUUAAAUAAAGAUCUCAAGAGCAAAUAAGGCUCCUAGGAUAAAAAAAUGCUAAACAAGAUGAGUGGUUUUUUCUGUGUUUGAAAUAAUACUGGAUUUUAAGCAUACUAUCAGCUUUUAAAAUAGUUAUUAUGCUCAUAGAAAAUGUAUUUGAUUUCAGGAUGAGACAUUGUUUCAGAAAGUAGCAAUUCAUUCUGAAUCCUUCUGAAAGUGAGAUAAUAAAACCCACCAAAUAAUCUCCUAAUACAGAACUGUGUCUGGAAGAGCUAGGGGGAUCUUCCUGAAUAUAAGCAGAGGAUUAGCAACUAAAAGUAGUACUGUCCCCGUAUAAGCAUUAGUGAGACCAUUUCUGCAUCCAGCAUUCAAUAAAACAAAACAAGUUUCAGACCCAGAGAGUAUUCUGGGACAAUUUGCAAGAAUUCUGCCUGCUGCCGUAUUUGUCUGAUGGGAAAUACAGCCCAUUGUGCUUAUCCAUGUGAAGGUCAGGAUGAGUUAAGGAUGUGUGCAAACAGCCUGGCAGGUAGACCCAAGCUCACCCUGCUCGUCCGUAAAGCAAAUGUAGUCUUGCACUCCGAACCAGCAAAAAGAUUUAGAUACAUGUUUGAUGGGUUCAUUGCCUGUACCUUCAGCUGUCUAAAAGCAAGCUGCGGGGCUUACACUGAUUGCUUCCAUGGUGGGACUCUAACAGAGAGUUAGAGGUAUCUCUAGAAUGUGAUUUAUUCCACCUGGCUCAGACAUCUAUCUUAGAACAGGGUAAGGUAUCCCAUAGAAUCACAAAAUCACAGAAUGGUUUUGGUUGGAAGGAACCUUAAAGAUCAUUUAGAUCCAGCCCUGCUGUAAUGGAUGGGGGCACCUUUC